UCAUGGGAAACUAAUGGUUUCUAAUGUUCAAUGAGUCAAAUUUAUGUUAUGAAAAAAAAAAUUAAAGCAAUGCUUAAAACUACCAUUUAAUUUGACUAAAAAAUGAAUAAUUUGGCUGGAAAAAAGGGAAAUUAAACAGAAAUCAACUGAGUUUAGUAAUCAAGUUUUAUUUUUAAGAAACAAAAUUAAAUCAUUUAAAGCAUUCACAGGUAAGUUCGUUCAAAAAUCAUUAUAGGUAGGUCCCCAGUUCAUUUAUAUAGUGCACUCUUAAGUGAUCCUCUCUAUUUGCAUAUGCACCAGAUUUAUUCAGAAUCAGAUGGCUCAUGAGUUUACCGGGAAGCUACAAAACCUUAAGCCCUCUUUCUCAGGAAUCAACUCUUCAAGUUGGCCGUUGAUAGGGAAUAUUAACCAGAGAGCAUUAGAGAAUUUUAGCUCAACAGGUGAUCAAGAUCAAUUUGUAGCCUUCUCCAAUGGCGGCAGCUUCUCCAAUCAUCAACAACAACCGCAUCUCCCUAUGAACUUCGCUACUAAUAUCCAAAGCUUGCUGCAUGUAUCUCCUCCUCCUCCUGCUGCAGUUUCUGGAACAGGGCAGAGUGAAAAUAUUAAGAACUUUGGAGGAAGAAAACGAAAGAGAAAGGAUGAAAAAGAUUUGCAGAAACCAACAGAAGUAGUUCAUGUGAGAGCUAAAAGAGGCCAAGCCACAGAUAGUCACAGUUUAGCAGAAAGGGUAAGAAGAGAGAAAAUCAAUGAGAAGCUUAGGCACUUACAGGACCUGGUUCCAGGAUGUUAUAAGACAAUGGGAAUGGCAGUAAUGCUGGAUGUCAUUAUUAAUUAUGUUCAAUCACUCCAAAAUCAAAUUGAAUUUCUCUCUAUGAAGCUUUCGGCAGCCAGUAUGCACUAUGAUUUCAACUUGGAGAAGGACAACAUAGAAACAAUUCAGGGGCCAAAUGCAUAUGAAGUACAAGAGAUGGAGAAGAUAGGAAGAGAAGGGUAUGGGGAACCUUGUAAUUAUUUUAACUCAGCAUGGCCCCUUUGACUAAAAUCAUUAUUAGUAUUAUAUAUAAAUAAUAUAUAUUUGUAAUUUCUUCUUUUUAAAAUUUACUUAUAAGCAGACAUGCAAGCAUGCAAAGGAAAAUUGUACACCUUAUCUACGCCUUAUGUAUCUGCUUAUUGCAAAUGAAUAAACCUAAAGCAUAUUUACAGUCGUUAUUAAUGUAAUCUUGUACAUUGUCUAUAAUAAUUUAUGGUAUCUUUUUAUCUUAGUGUGUUAGAUCUAGCAUUAUUAGUUAUUCUCUCUAUUAUAUUAGUCU